AGUUUUAGGUGGAUUAGAAAUGCGACGUUUAGAGAAGGAAAAGGCACCGAUGGUACCAAGCAAGGUGCUAGAAGGGAGAGAAAAAUAGAAUUUAUUAAAGAGGGACUAGAAGAACACAAAAGAGAUGGAAGAGUACAAAUGGGUCCCAAAUGGUGUACCUUUUUUCUCCGUUGAAUAAUCACCACUCAAAUGCCCCAACCUUAUCUGUAAUUCCUAAAGACCUUAAUCGCCAAUUCGCCAUCGCCAUUCGCCUCAAUCGCCUGUGUUGUUCGAUAGAUCGAGAGCGUGAGAGCCAAGAGGAUUCGCCGUCUCGUUCGUCAGUCCCACCCUCCACUCUCGAGUCUCGCCCGCUGCCCAGCGCCGACUCGGCUACUCCCUCGCCUGAAAUUCUCAAUCGUCGAGUGCCUGAGACGCCCACUCCCUCAAUCCCAAUCGAAUCAGCUACGGGUACUCAUCUCGCCUCCCUCGUCUCCUUCUCUGUAAUCCCUAGUCUCCUUCUCUAUUAGGUUUCUUGUUGUCAAAUUGUAUUAUUCUUAGACUUUGUUUCCAAAUAACAUUUGAAACUUUUGAAUUUGGCUAAAGUCUUGGACCGAUGAACACCCCUAGCGUCAACCACUCAACCCUAUCUUAUUUUCUUCGCCUCACAGCCACAAAUCGCCGUCUCCCUCACCUCUCCCUCUCAUUUCCUGUCGUCGCCCUCUCUGCCAAAUCGCAAAUCGCCAUCUCCACAUGAAUCUCCGUCGCUUCUUUGCCCUCUUCACAGACUGAAUCGUCGUCUCCCUCACCACCGUGUCUCACUCAUCGCGCAAAUCACCAUGUCCAUCUUAGGUGCAAAUCAUCGUCUCCCUCUCCGUCGUUUGUCAUCCCCUGAAUCUCCACCUUCUCCGUCAUCAGUCAGUCCACUAUCGUCUCUCUCUCACCCUUCGGAUUCAAACAGUGGCACAACACGCAGCCCAGCCAAAGCCCAAAACUCCCUAGCCUUUCCGUUCCACGGUAGAAAGCGGAAGUAGCCAAACGCCCAAACCCAAGCACGAACGGAAAUUGAAAAAGACGCUAGAAGGAAAUUGCCGAGAGAGAGAUUCCGUCGCCCGCCUGCACGCUCCACUGCUGCAGAGUCUAGCCGCUGCCCGCCAGACACCACCUCUCCAGAAACUCUCCCGCCUCGAGGUCCAAGAGUCCAUGUACAGAGGUAAAAAAUACUAAUUUCAGAAUUUCUUUAGGAAAUUUACUUUUUGUUAUGUGUAUAUAUGAAAAAUCUUUAAUCUUUAUAAAUUUGUGUUAUGAAU